ACAUUUAUUAGUAUAAUAUAACCAUAAUAAAUGAAUUUUAUCUCUCCUAGUAUAUGAUCUCACGGAACUAUGGUUAUAGAGUUGGAUGUUAGGAAGUUAUAUAAACAAUCUAUUCUGUUCGUGGAGCCAGCUGUGUAGGUUGUGUUACUACGUUGAGUUUGUUCUAGCCGCAUGUUGGUGCAGCUGUUAUUAUCGACUUGAUCGCGUCACAACUAGCAUUCGUGCAGGAGACUUGACUAUAGACUUUGCUAGCCCCGUCACGUGUUGUUGUCACGUAUGGCAUACAUGUAAACAAAAGCACAUGUAGCGUGCACAUGGAUUACGUUUUUUACAUUGCAUCUCCCCUUUCAUAAUUUAGUUAAGUAAAAACAUUUCUUUGAAACAGAAUAAAAUUUAAAUGCAUCAAAACUGAACUUAAAUCGUUUGUCCGUAUGUUUGAAAUGAAACAUCAUUAAGGUGAAUUGCCUUUCACAUAGACUGUUCGAUUGUCUGAAAUAGUUUGAAAGAGUAUCGAACUUAAAGUUACGAAACUGAACUCAAAAGGAAUGUCUGUUUAUCUGAAAUGAGAAAUCAUUAAAAGGUGAAUUGUCUUUCCCAUAGAUUGUUAAUGGCUUCCAAAGUCUCUCAAUCAUCUCUCAAAUUUAAACACUAAAUAAAACAAUAUUAAAGUCUUCAACUGUCUGAAAACUAACUCACUCCUAAGUUUUCUCGAACUGUCUGAUUGUUCUCCUUGGACGUGACAUCAACCUGCAGGCUUGACAGGGGAUGCUUUAGCCUGGAUCGGCGAUUCCGAUUGUCCUCCUGAUGAAGGCGGUACUGCUGACUAUUGUGGAGCAGAGUGGGAAGGAAGUGGAAUCCAGUACUGUUCCUGUUCUUAGACGUGGACUUCAGGAUUUUCCAAGAUUGCCUGGGAAACCCGAAGACGUCAUCAGCCUCGUUCUGGAUUCGCUAUAUCGGCCAGCUACCGGUAAACUGCUCUGGUGGGAAGUCUCUCUCUCGAAGGGAGAGAUGACAAAGGAAGACGAGUUCUGUAAACAAUGAAUGGCUCAGCUGACUCUGUAGUUCCUCCCAUCUCCGAGCCUGAGCCCACGGAUGAUGGAGAGCCACGACCUGAAGGUUCCCCAUCCAAGGCGCCAGCUUGGUCUCUGCAGGGAGAAAGCCUGCAUACCAGACUUGCCCACCUCAUGGCAGAAAAUGGCCGGCUUCAUGGGAAACUGCGUGGCUACCAAACUCUGAAUCAACUAUUUCAAGAAGUGAAAGAAGAAUGCUCUACUUUGAGAAAGGAGAACCAGAAUUUAAAGGAGUCAAAAGGAGUAACUUCAAAAAAUCCAUAUGAAAAAGAAAAUGUUGUUGAUUUACAGUUGCCACACCCAGACAAGUCUUCACUGACACAGACAGGUGUCCAAGUAGGAGACCAAAUCAGGAGCGAUUCUGUAAUGGAACAGGCCCCAGAGUCAGCUGUAAACAGGUCAGAGCCAACCAAUGAAAACAAGGGAAGCAAAGAGUCAGGCUGUGGAUUUGUGGCUGCUGAAAGAGGUCUUCAACUCUCAGAAAAUGUCACCCUGGAUUCUGAUGUGAUGGAGGAAAAUGAGUUCAUCAAGUUUCGUGACCAAGGUAUUGGUGGGUACUACGUUCCGCCUAGUACUGGCUCCGGUUUAGUGAGUUCUGAGCUGUAUGGACCUGGAUCAGGACAUCACAUGUCCUUCUCACUAAGUGCAUUGGACAAGGCUGGGCAGCUCACGAAUCAAGCCCCAGUUAGUAUGGCGGGGACUAUGGAAUCCCAGGGUGGUAGUCCAACGAGCAUUAAUGUGGCUGAUGACCUGAUGAACAUGAUACAGAAAACCAGAAAACUUGAGCAAAGUGAGAAAGCAUGGAAGGCUUUUGCCACCACUCUUCAGACUGAGUUACAAGAAACAAAAACAAAACUGAAAGUAGAACUCGGAGAGAAAAUCCACAACAUCUCAUUGCUGAAAGGAGAGAAUUUAAUGCUUCUUCGUAAGAUAAAGAAAAUGGAACAUGAAAGAGAUGCCCUAUCCCCAGCUGAUUCUGUGUCGUCUGAAACAGCAGUCAUGGUUGCUGACUGGGUCCAUGUCCCCAAACAACAGUCUGCAGAUCCAGCUACUACUGGUGCUGCUGAAGAGAAUAAUGUGCUAGUCCUGGAGAGAAAACUGCAGUUUCUGGAGAUGAAGAAUAAGCAGCUGUCUCAGGCCAAUAAAGACUGGGAGGCUUACAGACGUAUAAAUGAAACAACUCAGGAAGAAAGGAUGCAAGAGCUACGACAAAAUCUGGAAAUCAGCAAUAAAGCACUAAUUGAUCAUGAAGUUAAGGAACAGAAACGUCAGCGUGAAAUUGAUAAGAUUUUGAUGACAUCAAAGAGGCGCUGCCAAGAACUGGAGGAUGAAAUGGAAGAACUUAAAUAUGAGCUGGACCAAUCGAAGGAGCAUUGUAAAGCAUUAGAAGAAGAACUUCGCCAUUCACAGCAACAGCAGAUGAACCAGUUGUCUGAGUCUGCAGCUCACCAAGCUACUGCAAACGUCACACCCACAACAGACUCUCAUCUAGAGGAGAUUGUCAAUGAAAAGGAGGCUCUAAAACAACAGUUGACAAUCUUCCAGGAGGACUUCGAUAAAGAACGAGCUGACAGGGCAAAGGCCCAGGCUGAUAAAGACUCCCUACAGAGGCAAAUUACAGAGCUGACCAAGCAACUGAAGAGAGCGCAAACUCAGCAAAAAACUUCUGAUGAGACUUUGCAGAGCACUUUAUCUGAGAAUGAACGACUGCAACAGCAGGUCCAAACCCUCAAGCGACAGCUACGAUCAACUGAAGAUUCACUACAGAAAUGCCUACAAGAGGGGGAUCAGCUACGACAACAACUGCAAGACAAAAUCAAGCAAAUCAGACGACAGGAUGUUGUUACACCACCCCAGGGUGGUCGACCAUAUUACCCACCAACACCUGGGCGACCCCAGCCGCAGAACUGGCAAGUUCCUGUGGAGCAGAUGUACCAAGCAGUACGGUUAGAGAACGCCCCAGAACUGUUGCCAGGCUCCUGGCAGUGUAGGGCUUGUACUUACGUCAACUAUCCUGGUCGAACAGUGUGUGAAGUGUGUGGAGCAGUCAACAACCAACAACAACAGCGUCCUGAACAUUAUCCACCAGUGGCAGUACCUGACCCCAAUAUGGCUGCUGCCUACUGGCCAGGAAUCUAUGGUAACCAAGGAUUGAACCAACCCAACCUGGACCCAAACAAUACUAUGAGGCAACAGCUGAUCCCCAGAGGCAGGUUUGAGGGUAAUGACCUAACCACAGAUAAUGGAGGAUUCAAUAAUGGCUGAAAUGUCAACUUCCAGGCCAUGAAAAGAACCAGAACCAGUCUGCUAUUGAUUGAUUAAAAUGGUACAGUACCUGGAGAUGAUCCCAGAUGUUUGCCUAGCUGGAUUGCCCAUGACAGCCAUCCAGUGUCCUGAUGUCGCAUGGCUUAGCGGAUUAAUUUCAAACUACAUGUAACUCCCUGUAUUAUCAUUCUGACACAGUGCACCAUUGUAGAAUUAUCCACUUGAAAUACAUUCUAUACUACCCUGUUAAGCAGAUCAAAGGUUUUAAUCCCAGAGAAAUAUUUUACAUGGAUUUAGAUGUCAAUGUGUAUUUUCAGCGUAUAUUUUAUGUCUGAGGUAUGAUUUAUUUGAACUAUAAGUUGUGUCUCUCUGCUCUAAUUUGCGCAAAAGUGGCACUUAUAUGUUAUGGCUGCUUAUGGCUGAUGAUAUUAUAUUCCUAGCUCACUUUUGGUGGUCAUUCAAAUAUCCUAAGACUGGUACAAAGGACACAGAUACAAUUUUGUACUGUAUAAUUUGGGUUUUGGAUCACAUUAUUUUCAGGGUUUACAUACUUUCUGAGGGCUGUUAUGUUCCCUCUUUGGAUAUCAAAAAACAUCCGUCAGUUCUUUUAUAUUAUUUCCAUGUAUGCCUUACAAGCCUCUUGGGUUAUACUUUUGUGGGAUGACAUCAACAAAUGAUCAGGUAUUUACUUUGAUACAAUAAAUGUUUUCAAAUGAUACAAUAUUUAAUGUAAUGAAUACACGAGAUUUCAUGCCUUUUGUCUGAUGUGUUCGCUCAGGUGAAUAAGGUAUAAGGAAGCCAAGUAUCUAUCGAUAUAUCUAUAUAUAUCUAUCUAAAAUUCCUGGGUUGUAAUUCCAUAAUGAUUACAUGAUGAUUAGAAGAAAAACAUAUUAGAAAAUACUGAUUGCAGUGUUUUCUGUGUAUUGAAUCAAGAUAAAUUGAAUUAUUUUAUUAUUUUUUUCUCAGAUGUGUUUCAGUAAGUUAUUAGUGUUAUUGACAGUAAGCCUAUAUCUAAUCUUUUUUUUACUAAUUUUUGUACCUUAUUGUGAAUGGAUAAUUUUAAGAGACCAGCUGCAAAGAUUUGUACAUUUGAUUUCAUGCAAUGCUUCUGCAGAACUAUCGAUGGUUUACACAGCUUUGGUUUUUACAAAUACACAUCAACUUGUAGACUUACAUUCAAACAAUAUUUUGUCACGAAGAAUGUAGUCUGUAAUUGGAUACUCACAGUUUUGAAUGAUGACAUGGUUAAAAGGUAUAAAACUACACUCUCAUGUUUUUGACGUAUUUGAAUGACAUCUGCUUUUGAGGUAACCAGCUAAGCCAUAUUAUGUACUGCACAUGAAGAUCUAGACCUGUUAGACCAGAUAUUGUCUCAAAUUACAGUUA